UUUUCCCCCUCUUAUUUGCUUUCCUUUAAUUCGUUUUUCGUUGUUCAUAUCAUAUAUCCCUUGAUUCAUAGAGUCCAAAACUCAAAUUUCCACGAACAUUUUGAUUUCUCAUCUUCAAUCCCACUUACUUUUCUCUAUCUAUUUCCUUACCAAUAAUUCUUUCCAUCAUAAUUACAAAUUUACACUUGCUUCUUAAAAACUUGAAAUCAAGGUACUUCGUAUAAUAAGAUAACAAAAGAACGACGAAUGAAACAUUUUUCCUAUUGGGCUAAUAAGCAUAAAACAUACAGUAAAUCGAAGGCCCACCUAAAACACCAAACUUCUGAAUUCUCCUUCUCUUUCUCUUUCCUGUUUGGGUCUUCUCUUCUGCUUUCUUCACACUUUGCGCAUCUUCUUCUCCGGCGAUCCCAAAACCUCCAUUAACGGACCUUCUUCUUCUCUGAAACUCCCAUCUUCAACAACCCUAAAUAAUUCCCUUACGAUUUCUCAUUCUCUCUCCUCUUCGAUUCAUCUUUGAGGAGGAUUGAGAAAUUUGAGGGAUGAUUACGAGGCAUAAUCUUGCGGAGCAGCUCAGAGAGUACCAGGUUCGAUCCAAACAUGAUUGGGCCUCUGCUUCUUUCUUCUCUUCCACUUCCAAUUUCACUUCUAGCAGGGUGGAUAUAGUGAUCUUCGUUAUUUGGGAGCUCGUCAUUCUUGCAUUCCUGGUUUUCUCAGGAGUCUCACUUUAUUUCAGACAUGUGCAACUUGCGUUUGUUUUUUUAUGUGUCACAUUGUUGCUACUUCUGUGCAUGAAAGUCACAAAGCAAAUACGUUUGGCACGUAAGAAGAAACGAAGGAUGCUUCUACCAUUAUCAAUGUAACGUCCUUUAGGAAUAUUCUGCCUGUAAAAAUGUGAGAUUUUACCAUUUUUAAUUGUUCAAUUUUGCCCUUUUAUAUUUUUUUUGAUUGGCAUCGGAGUUCAUUAAAAGCAGAAAAAGUAGAUGGUAGUUGUGUGAUUUGUCUCAAUGUGAUGACCGCCAAGAUAUCUCAAGCCUGAUAUAUGAUGCAAUGUGUCACAGUAGAACUCCUUCUAACCUAGAGGGAUGUUCGCACUGUGCUGCAGUCUAGUAUCGUUGCAUUGAAUCUGGACAGUCGGUAUUGAGGCAUUUAUACACAUUAUGGGUGGCUACUAUGGUCCAUGAACUUUGCAUACAAAGGGCUGUAAGAUUGUGGAACUUUCAGACAUCACUGCACGUUACAUAAGCCACGGGCAAGUUAUUCUGGUGUGUUAAAAUUUACAAUGCUUAGUUAUUGCUGGUUAUGCCAAGCUGUUUCUGCUGCUAAAUUGAGGACAUCUUACUAUCGCUUAUCCGGCUUGAAGAAGUGGACUGGCAUCCCUUUGAUCACUAUACUCCAUAUGGCUCCGGCCACUAUCAGAAUGCUUAGAAGUAUCCCAAAACAUCCUAGCCCCCAGUUAAGGUACCACAUAAAGCCAAACUCUCGGGGUUUCUUGAUCUUUAUCCACAUGAAACAGGGAUAUGCUAGGGUGAGAGGCAGAGCUAGGCCUCCUAAAAGACCUGCCAAACUCGGCAAGAAUGGUAUUGUAAAUGCUAUGAAGACUGUUAAGCAUCCAAAGAAGGCCCUGAUUCCUGAUCUCAACCAACGAGGGCAUGGCUUCUUCUUGCUGCUUGUGAACCGGAACUCCAAGUUGUCAAACACCGGCAUUGCAUAUAUCUGGAACGAGCUGAGACAAUGAAUCACGAUAAGCAGGCUUGUGAGACACAGUAGAAACUUGGAAGUGUCGUGCCCAUGGUAUUCAUACAUGACUUUUAUUAGCCCUUCAUUUGUAGGUAUAAUCUAUAGCAAUAGAAAACCAAAUUAGCAAAAAGGGAAAGUUGACUUCAAGCAGGUUCUUGUAUUGGCAGAGUGAAAUUUCAUCUGGUUCCAAGUGAAGAUCAUUUAAUAUUCUUACCGAGUUAAAUUUGUAAACAAAAAUUCCAAGGUGUAAAAAGCAAUUUAGAAACGUGUCAUUUUCUCUGUGUUUAUGAAAAUACAAAAAUGAGUCCUUUGAAAGA